GAUAUCUCGCGCGUCUUUUGCGGCCGGCCAUGGCAAAAGUUGAAUGCGUUGCCGGACUGCUUCAAGGAGGAGAAGCAGCGCCUGGGCAGCAGCUUCAACGGCAAGGCCGAUUGCGGCGCCGGUGCAACGACCUGAGAGCUCCGACGCGGACCAGAUCUUCCACCUCCUUCGAGUUCAUGCACGCUGAGGGUCAACCACCCCCAGACCUUGACGGAUCCCCGGACCUCAAUACUGUCGGUGCCCUCGGCGCCGCCCCACUUUCUCCGCAUUGGAUUCUGGCGGGCUAUAUCAUUGAUUGGUCGCUUGGUCUGACCGUCGCUGAACAUAACUGCGAUGCAAAUGCGGAUGGCCAGGGGCAAUUCCUCCCGCAGUUUGUGGCUUGCAAACCUCGUUGUGGCCUCCGAACACCAAAGUGAACUUCGACUGUGGAAAGCUUUGCGAGACAACGUGGUGCAGAAUGCAGCCAGUGCACAGUGAGACCCGCUUGGUGAGGUCAGUCCUUGUGAGCAGGGUUCAAGCCCACUUUGCAUUGCGACUGAAGGGGGGGUGGUCAUAAGGGCUUCCCGUGUAAGGCAAACAUGUUUGCGCAAGUGCAAUUGUUGUGGCUGAUGGCGUAAGCUGCCCCUGUGCUCACGUAAGCUCGUGUAAGCAACUUUGCGUAAGACUUCCUUACAACCUACAUUUGAGCAGGACGUUUUGUGAACACCGCUCUUGUGCUCCUAAUUUAGCGUUGGAGAGCAGGCUGCGCAGUGAUGCGCCCAGUCUGGCAAAAGCGGCAACUUUCGCAUUAUCCCAUUAUGGACCUGCAGAGAUGACUUCUCGCGAGCAGGUGUGCCUUCCUGUCUCCCCACAUCCAGGCUGGCACUGAUUUUUUGUGCCGACACGCAGCUCACACAGGCCGUCACGCAUGGUACGCGUUGAAUUGUUUUUCAAUCUUUCAGCUGAAGCCUUCCUUGCAACUGGGCUUCUCAGGAGGCUUUGCCUUUCAGAGCUCCAGCCUUCUUGGGCCUGCCGAAAGCCCAAAGGCAAGGUGUGUGAUUUGGCCCACGACAAGUUCGGCGCAGAAGGUCGGAUUUGGAAGACGUUUUGUCAGCGCUGGGCCGCGCAAUUCGCGUGCGGGAGUCGGCACAGCUGUGAACUGAGCAUUUGGUGAGCAGCAAUCACUGUGUCCGCGAAGAACGGCUGGCUGCAGCGCCGUGGGUGCCUUGUAAGGCCCCAGUCCAUUGCGCGUCGAGCCUGAUAUCGGGUAGGCAAGAGCUCACCCAUGCUGGAUUUGACGGCCGCCAGCUGGGCGACAUCUCCCGUUUUCUGACAUACUGUGCAUUUGUUUGGGGGUAAGGCCGUUGACAGUGUGAUUUCGUGAUGCCCCAAUCGCCUGUCAAGCUUGUCGGCGAGCUAGUUCAAUCAAUCGAAGACUUGUAGCCGCCAACUGCGACAGUGCUUAGCGCAAAUUUCAUGAACCAGAAUGGAGGGCCACCAAGAACGACACGCGCCCAAACAGAUAGAACUGCAACUUUGCCUUCGCCCUUUGGCUUUGCGCGACGCUGGUGCAAGUCUGUUCAAGAACCAAAGCAAAGAAACAGAAGCCGACACACAACAAUCCAGAUAAUGAAAGGUGGCCAGGGCUGCGGUCGAUCAGCCAUAGGCUUUGACCAUUUGCAGACUGGCAGUGAUGUCAAGAUCGCAGCUUGACCUGCAAUGUGCGACGUUUUCCAAAACGCCAACGAUGCACGCUGGCGUUGAAUAUCUGGGCUGACAUGCAGCUCGCGCAGGCCGUCAUGCAUGGGUACGCGUUGAAUUGUCUUUCACCCCUCCCGGUUCACUGCUUCAAUAUUGGGGAGGGGGUACGCCCAACAAUGUUUAAUUCGUUAAGUGCUGGAAGCUGGGCACGUCAAGCCUGAAGAUAAGCAAAGUGUACCCCCGCACCACUCCCAUACCACUGUCCCUGCGCUCCCGCAACUGCUGUAGUGGAUCAAAGCACGUCAUGUUUUGUUGGCGCGUGUCGAAGUUUUGAAAAUUCCACUUUUGACUCGUCUGAAAAGCAACAACAAGGCAUGGACAUAUUUCCUUGGGAGAAAGUAACCUCAGACAACCGACGCAUCUAGUUGUUCAGUUGGACGGCGGCCGACUGAAGAAUUAACAGCCGGAACAAGAUGCCGACGGGAAGCCCAGUGGCUCAGUCCGACUGUGAGUUGUUCAGUUGGACGCCGGCCAAUUGAACAACUCAAGUUCUAAUCAGAAGAAGUAACUCGCGGAAGCAAGCCUGUGCAAAUGCUCCACGGGUUGUACUUUGUGUGAGCCAAAAUCCUUGCCAAGCGGAAUCGCCAAGCGACCCAAAGGAAGGAGCCCAUGGGCACAAUCAAAGACACCGCUUGACAAUUGUCCACCCAGAACAAGAACUCUAGUACAUUGCUUAACUUAGAGACGUGCCCCCGAACAAAAUGUUAACAUAUUUGGGUCUGAGGGGGCUGCCCCCCCCCCCCAGCUAACCCGGGGCUAUGUCUUUCAAUCUUUCAGCUAAAGCCUUCCUGACAGCCUCCGCGGUGUGAAAUAUCGGGCCUGCCGAAAGCCCAAAGUCAACCUCCUCGCUGAGAGGCAAGGCGUUCUUUAUGCAAGGUGUGUGAUUUGGCCCACGACAAGUUCGGCGCAGAAGGUCGGAUUUUGAAGACGUUUUGUCAGCGGUGGGCUGCGCAAUUCGCGUGCUGGAGUCCGCACAGCUGUGAACUGAGCAUUUGGUGAGCAGUAAUCACUGUGUCCGCGAAGAACGGCUGGCUGCAGCGCCGUGGGUGCCUUGUAAGGCCCCAGUCCAUUGCGCGUCGAGCCUGACAUCGGGUAGGCAAGAGCUCACCCAUGCUGGAUUUGACGGCCGCCAGCUGGGCGACAUCUCCCGUUUUCUGACAUACUGUGCAUUUGUUUGGGGGUAAGGCCGUUGACAGUGUGAUUUCGUGAUGCCCCAAUCGCCUGUCAAGCUUGUCGGCGAGCUAGUUCAAUCAAUCGAAGACUUGUAGCCGCCAACUGCGACAGUGCUUAGCGCAAAUUUCAUGAACCAGAAUGGAGGGCCACCAAGAACGACACGCGCCCAAACAGAUAGAACUGCAACUUUGCCUUUGAGCUAGAACUGCCACUUUGCCUUCGCCUUUGGCUUUGCGCGACGCCGAUUGUUCAAGAACCAAAGCAACUAAAAAGCAGGAGGUGACCCGCAACAAUCCGCACCAGGCCCAAAUAGCUCCCACUGGCUGAGAAAGGAAUUCCAAAACAUGUGCAAUGCAAGUUGUGGCAAUUUGUUGAACCCAGACCCAAAGCCCAAAGGCAGCCUAUUUCCUGCGUGACGAUGUAAUGAAUAUAGCCGGGGACCGUGCUUGGAGCCACGCAGGGUGUGAACACUUGCAGCAACAUGGCUUUGUGACUCAACAUGCGUGGGAAGCCUCUUGGGCUACAACACAGUGGGGCAAUCUGGCCAGGUGAAGCAUUCCACCUGAGGUUGUGAGCCGGCCCUCCCUUGGUCCACCAUGUCUCCUCUUAUGUUAUGGUGCAGUUCUUUGCUGCCGCGGCAGCUGGCAAGUUGACGUUGAAGGGCCCUUCCACCAUGCUUGUUCCUUCAUAAAUCAUUUGGUUUGCGGGGUCUGCCCAGUCCCAUGAUCGGAUGAUAGUGCAGACUUGUUUGUCGGCUCGUGCUUCGACCAUGUGAGUCAGCGUCAAAGCUGCCUCAUCUUUGCCAACCAUUUGGAAUGAUCCGAGUGGCACUUGCAAUAGCUUUGCUUGUCCCGCACAGCUUUUCAUCAGCGGGCUAAGGCAGUACAAGCUUUCGCGCCUGGCUGCAGGCUUUGCCGCUCCCAUGGUGCUGAGCACGGGUGGGCCUUUAGUCAUUCGCAGAGGGUGAGUGAUGUUCAGGUUUGCAAAGUCAACCGUGUUGCUCAGGGGCAAGGCAUUUUCUGUGGCCCCGGGUCGCGCAGGGCUUGGUGUGGCAUUGAUUCGGCCCACUGCUCGCUGCGGCGGAGAAGGUCGGAUUUUGAAGACGUUUUGUCAGCGCUGGGCCGGGCAAUUCGCCUGCCGGAGUCGGCACAGCUGUGAACUGAGCAUUUGGUGAGCAGGUGUCACUGUGUCCGCGAAGAACGGCUGGCUGCAGCGCCGUGGGUGCCUUGUAAGGCCCCAGUCCAUUGCGCGUCUAGCGUGAUAUCAGGUAGGAAAGAGCUCACCCAUGCUGGAUUUGACGGCCGCCAGCUGGGCCCCAUCUCCCGCAUUCCCAGAUUUGGGGGUAAGGGCGUUGACAGUCUGAUUUCGUGAAUGCCCCAAUCGCCUGUCAUGUCGGCGAGCUAGUUCAAUCAAUCGAAGACUUGUAGCCGCCAACUGCGACAGUGCUUAGAGCAAAUUUCAUGAACCAGAAUGGAGGGUCACCAGAAAGGGACCCGCCAAAACCAGCUAGAACUGCCACUUUGCCUUCGCCUUUGGCUCAAAUAGCUCCCACUGGCUGAGAAAGUUUGCAAUGCAAGUUGUGUCAAUUUGUUGAAUCCAGGCCCAAAGUCCAAAGGCAGCCUAUUUCCUGAGUGACGACGUAAGCUAAUUCGACAAGACAAGCAUCCGAAAAGAAGCAAAAUGCUUUUGCAAACCGCGCUCAUAUUACACUCGUAUUUGUAAACGCCCCACGCUCCCAACCCCCAACCCGUUUUUGCUAUUGAUGCACUACUAUCCCAACAUCUAGAAGGGGAAGCAAGGUCCCUUCCACAACCGCAUCACCUUAUUUGGAAGGUGGUGCCGGUGUCGUGUGAACACUUGCAGCAACUUGGCCUUGUGACUCAACAUGCAAGGGAGAGGGUGUGAGCCAGCCUUCCCUUGGCGGUGGUGGCCUUCUGGUUCAAAGCCAAGACUCUUUUUGCGGAAUCUUUCUGGAUCGUUCAGGUGGCGCCAGGCAGGAUUUUCCACUGGCCCGUAUGGUUCCUCUUCCUUUCCAGCCAUGGCAGCUGGCAAGUUGACGUUGAAGGGCCCUUCCACCAUGGUUGUUCCUUUAUCAAUCAACUGGUUAGCAGUACAUUAUUUUGUGCCUGGCUGAAGUGGCAUUUGACUAGUUGGGUUACAACCCCGCUUCUGGUAAGACAAUCACCGGUCCGGGAAGGGACAAACCAAAGCAACCUUUUGGCUUGACAGUCCACAUUUCAGGCAAAGCUACAAGGUCAAAGUCAAAACUGCUCGCUGCGGGGCAGAAGAUCGGAUAGUGCAGACUUGUUUGUCAACGCUGGAUCAUGCCUAAACCAUGUGAGUCCGCGUCAAAGCGGCCUCAUCUCUGCCAACCAUAGGAUUGACUCGAGUGGCAUUUACAAUCGAACAGCUUAAGCCAGCUUGCUACAGCAGUACAAGCUUCAGCCAGCGGGCUAAAGCAGUACAAGGUGUGACCGCUUCCAUGAUGCUGACUAAUGGUAGGUCUUUGGUCAUUUGCAAAGAGGCAGUGAUGUCAAGUCCCAGCUUGACCUGCAAUGUGCGAUGUUUCCCGGAAGAGAUGUGAAUAGAGGAAGUGGCCUUUGAUUAGUUGGGUUCCAACCCCGCUUCUUGUAAGACAAUCACCGGUCCGGGAAGGGACACAACCAAAGCAACCUUUCGGCUUGACUGUCGACAUUUCAGGCAAAGCGACAAGGUCAAAGUCGAAACUGCUCGCUGCGGGGCAGAAGAUCGGAUAGUUCAGACUUGUUUGUUAACGCUGGAUCAUGCCUAAACCAUGUGAGUCCGCGUCAAAGCGGCCUCAUCUCUGCCAACCAUUGGAUUGACUCGAGUGGCAUUUACAAUCCAGCGGGUUGCAGCAGUACAAGCUUACGCCAGUGGGCUACAGCAGUACAAGCUUCAGCCAGCGGGCUAAAGCAGUACAAGUUUUUGCACCUGGCUGCCAAUAGGGCGUGACCGCUUCCAUGAUGCCGACUAAUGGUAGGUCUUUGGUCAUUUGCAAAGAGGCAGUGAUGUCAAGGUCCCAGCUUGACCUGCAAUGUGCGACGUUUCCUGGAAGAGACGUGAAAGGAGGAAGUGGCAUUUGAUUAGUUGGGGUACAACCCCGCUUCUUGUAAGACCAUCACCGGUCCGGGAAGGGACAAAACCAAAGCAACCUUUUAGCUUGGCCGUCGACAUGUCAGGCAAAGUGACAAGGUCAAAGUCAAAACUGCUCGUUGCCGGGCAGAAGAUCGGAUAGUGCAGACUUGUUUGUGGCAUUUGCAAUCACCUGGAGAACCCUUUGAUAUUCGAGCAUUUUUUGAGGCUGCCUGGCAGCUCUGGUGAAGUGCUCGAGAGAAAACGAACCCGCAACUCGAGCGCAAUUUCCCGCCACUUGGGCGCAAUUUUCCGCAACUCGGGCGCAAUUCCAAAAAGUGUGCAGAGCCAAAGCUCUGCCCCGCCAUCCCUGUGUUUGCAUGUGUUUCCAUUUGCCAUUACUCGCGCACUUAUUUGCCACGAAAGCUCGAGCAAACAUUUGUGUAGCAAUGGGUCUGCAGGCACUUUGCUUGCUUAGGACCAGCUGGCUAAAGCAGUACAAGCUUUUGCGCCUGGCUGCCAAUAGGGUGUGACCGCUUCCAUGAUGCUGACUAAUAACCAAAGCAACCUUUCAGCUUGACUGUCGACAUUUCAGGCAAAGCGACAAGGUCAAAGUCGAAACUGCUCGCUGCGGGGCAGAAGAUCGAAUAGUGCAAACUUGUUUGUCAACGCUGGAUCAUGCCUAAACCAUGUGCGUCCGCGUCAAAGCGGCCUCAUCUCUGCCAACCAUAGGAUUGACUCGAGUGGCAUUUACAAUCGAACAGCUUAAGCCAGCUUGCUACAGCAGUACAAGCUUCAGCCAGCGGGCUAAAGCAGUACAAGCUUUUGCGCCUGGCUGCCAAUAGGGUGUGACCGCUUCCAUGAUGCUGACUAAUGGUAGGUCUUUGUUUGGUAUUGUCGAGUUCAGAGCGGGCCGUAACGAGGUCUUGUCAGCCUGCAAACAGGACAUUCGUAGGAUCAGCCAUCGCGCAGCUGCCGGGCAUCUUCUGCUCGAGCACUCAGCUGGGAGUGCAGAGGGGUGGCAGCCAUGCUUCCUGCUUGAUUUGCCCCUCCCGGCUGUGCUUACCACCCAAUCUUUCACGCCGCCAUCGCUGAGGGAUUCCGGUGGCUUUUCUUUGCGCCAUUUCACAUUUGGCUUUUCUUUGCGCCAUUUCACAUUUCUGUGGUGGCCAGCUGUUGCUGAUGCAGCGGCAUGCUUUUUGAGGAGUUGGGUGGAUUCUCUCCAACCAGGUGUGCGUGGGCAAAAGCUUCCGAAUUCGUAGUCACCUUUGAUCAUUGAGCAAGAUGGCUGAAGCGCAUGAGACGACAAUGGUCAUUUGCAGAGAGGCAGUGAUGUCAAGGUCCCAGCUUGACCUGCAAUGUGCGACGUUUCCCGAAAGAGACGUGACAAGAGGAAGUGGCGCUUUGAUUGGCGCAGCUCAACCUGCAAUGUGCGACGUUGCCCCUUUAACGGUAUAGACCUUUGGUCAUUCGCAGAGGGGCAGUGAUGUCAAGGUUCCAGGCUUACUGCCUGCGAGAAAGGUGGCAUUGGCCCUUUUUCAAGGCUUGCCGUCAAGAGCUUGUGUGCCAACAUCAGCGCUUGUGAGAAAGAUGGGCGCUGGCAGCAGACAUUGGCCUUGUUUUGCGCAAUGCCCUCAGCAAAAGUUCCGAUCGCACGCCUUUGCUUGGCAGACAACAAGUCGGCAGAUCCAAGGACUUGUUCAGUGCUGACUUGGCCCCUACAACUGGCUGUGCAAGACCAGGAUGACUCAACUUUCUGAGCUCGUAGCUCUCGGCGGCAAGAGCAGCGAGGUGAGCUUGGAGGCGAGGGAAGAUGCCGUAAAAUCGGCUUUGCUGUGAUCCGUGCGUAUGUGGCCUUGGCUCCGCCAACGCGGUUGUGGCAGAUUGGGUCGCCAGUUGCUCGUGGCUCAGUGGCCUGCGCAGAUGCAGCGUUGUGCGCCAGAUUUGCGAGCUUGGCCGGGCCACGCGUUGCCGGAUCUCAGAAUCGUGUUUUGCCUUUCCGCAACAUGGCGAAGCAGAUCCUGGCGCAGCGGCUUAGCCAGAUUUCAACCCAUGCCUCAGCCUGACAGUUUGGGCAGGAUUUGCGAGAAGGGGACUUCCGCCAGCUUGUUUCACGGAGGAGAGCCGCGUCUAAGAGUCUACUCAAAGGAGUGUGGGACUUGGCUUUGAGGCAGGCGUUGUGGGACCUGGGGCCCUACAUCGAGGCUGCCUGUCUGCCGAUGGUCAGCGCCUAGCGUC